AUUGAAUAAAAGAAAUAUUAGGUGACAUGUUAAAGUGAUAUCGUUUAUACUAUGAAAGUGAUUUCAAACUUAUAUUAAAGUUUCGCUCAUCAGUUUAAGAUAGUUAAUAGUCCAAGAAAGGUGAUACUUUAUUUGGCAAAGCCAUUUGGACACUCAUUCUGCGGAUACGUGUGAGUUGUUCGUUGGAGGAAAAUCAUUGGGGAAGAACUUGGCGAGAAGUAGGUGCUCAAGAAAAAGUAACUUCGUGAAGACAUCGCUCCAACCGGAAUAAACAGUUAUGCUUCUUACGAGUGCAACUUGGGUUCUUCUUCUCACCAUUCACUUGAGGUACCUCAGUUUGGCUUAACAAGUGGCUCCUCGCGGUCAGACCAGAUGCCCCAGUAAAACUAUUUUUUUUUGGAUUACCCAAUUUAUUUGCAAUUUAUUUCUUUAAGAAAAUAUAUAUAAAUAUUUAAGUGGAAGAAAAUGGUGAAUUGUGUAGUGUUAUUUGUGGCAGUUCUCACGGCUAGUUCAACAAGAAUCUCUGCCCACUCCACUCAGAGACCGAGUGGUGGAGAUGAGGCAAAUCCAUUCUUGGACAUGGCAUCGGCCUUUCUCACGGAAGCCCUGGCUAAUCAGGGCGGUGGAAAUGGCGGAAUCGGAGGCAUUGCCUCGGUCAUUGGGAGUCUGAUGCAGAGCGAUAAUUCUGGAAAAUCAGGAGACAAUGGAGCAGGUGCCAUUAUGGCUGGAAUUGGUUCACUUCUGGCCAAUGCGGCGGGAAAUACCCGCCAAGAUGGUGGAGGUGGAUUUGAUCCAGCCAUCAUCACAAACAUCAUCGAUAUGUUCUCCAACAAUGGAGAUAAUUCCAGGCAGAAGCGACAGAUACCUGGUCAGCAGGAACCUUCAGGCUGGGACACUGUACUCAAUCUCGCUUCCACAUUCUUAGGCAAUCAAGCUCCACAGCAGCAGAGGAGUUCUGAUUCAGCUGGUGAUGGUCUCAUGAGCCUUUUACCAAUGGUCCUGCAAACAAUAAGCUCCUUCUCAGGACCUGAGGGUCAAAAAACCCAAGAAAGGCACAAGGAUCAUGCCCUACUUCCGCCAUUCCUGGAAAAUAUCCAUGUAAUGUGGGAUCACUUCUCUCAAUCGGAACUGGCUGAAAUCAUCUGGACAAAGUCCGGUAUCAGUGCAGUUUUUAAGGGCUUUACGGGAAGGGAUGGAAAACUUGACUACAACAAACUCUUCAAAUCCUUGGAGAACCAAUCCUUCCGCCGAAGAUGGAUUAAAACAGCCACAGUUUAUCUGGCCGAUUGGGCCAAUUAUCUAGCUGAUCCGGAAGUGUAUCAGAGGUAUUUCGCAACCGCUCAAAUGAUGCUUAAUGGCUUCUUGAAGAGCCAGAACCUCCCAGUGAUAGAUCCAUCCAGGGCAAGUGAGACACUGGCACAUCUCAUUGAUGCUGUCGCCAAGAAGCACCUUAGCGUAAAAAUAUCAUCAAAGACAUAUGUGAAGCCAGCGGUGAAUUAUGUGAAAGAACUACUGAAAUUGGGUCAAGCUCGAGGUCUCCUCCAGAAAUUCAACGCCACAGAAAUUAGUGACAAGCUCACAGACACCGUUAAUCUCGAAAUUAUUGAACCUGUACUUAAGGUAUAUCGUGCCUAUCGAUACGUCUUGAUCGUUCCCCAUUGUGAUAAAUUUGUUAUGUGCGACAUCAAUUCACAUGAUCCGAGUGAGAAUCUCGGUCUGGCUGGCUUUAAGGCUGGUAUCACGAAGUUUGGAAGUAUGGCAGCAUCAUGGGUGCUGAGUGGUGAUACAAAGACUCCCUUCUGGACACUCUUUAGCAUAAUAUCUGACCCAGGAAACUGCCAGGUACGCUUCCCGGUGGAUUGUUCAGGCUUCCACGAAGGUGAGGCUCGAGUGACUACAGAAUAUGUUCAUAAUGAGUUGUAAUGAGUGACACGCACCGAUUGAAUAGACUUUUUGAAAUAACGUGUGAGCAUUUAUGUCGAUCCGAACGACGAGACCUUCCAUGAUGCAUAUAGAAGAGAGCAUGAAUCAGAUUGGUUGGAUUAAAAAAGAAAAAGAAAAAGAUGACCUUUAUUGACCUUACAAAUAAUAUUGCAAUAGAGUUUUGUGUUUAAGAAUAUUUUCUAUCAAGUGCAUGAUAGUUUUGUGAUAAGUCCUAUAAUGAUAUUUGUACAUCUAUGUUGUUUCACGUUUACAAUGGUCAAAUUAUAUAUUGACUAAUGCACUAUUAAGUUAAUAACACGGGACUCCUGCUAACAUUGUCGAUUUUCAACGCAAGACCGGACAAAACAGGCAAUAAAUGACAGUGAAUUUGCGUGAA